CCCACAGGUCUCUCGAUUCCCCACACCGCUCCUCUUCCACCCCCCGCGCCACCCCAUCCCCACCCCUUCCCACCACCCUAGCUAUCUCGCGGUUCACACUAUUUCCCCUAUUCUUCUUUCUUUAACCCCUUUUCCCUCGUCUUUAAUUAUCUAUCUCAAGCUAGCUAGCUGGCCAUGGAGCUGCACCACCACUACAACCCUUAUUACCUCAAUGUGAACCCCCUACCCGAGGGUAGUGGUGGGGAGAGAGAUCGAGAGCGAGACCGGUUCCCCCAGUGGAGCAACGCGGAGACCAAGGAGUUCUUGGCCGUUCGAGCCGAGCUCGACAGGAGCUUCAUGGAGACCAAGCGGAACAAGCCCUUGUGGGAAGCCAUCUCUGCCAGGCUCCAGCAGAAGGGCUUCACACGCACACCCGAGCAGUGCAAGUCCAAGUGGAAGAACCUCGUCACUCGUUUCAAGGGGAUUGAGGCCAUGGAGGGGGAGGGCAGCAGACAGUUCCCUUUCCACGAGGAGAUGCGGACGAUAUUCUCGGAGAGGAUGGAGAGGCUGCUUGUUUCGAACAAAGAUAAAGGGAAAGGAGUGCAAGUCCAAGGAGAGGAGUGGGGGGAGGAAGAGGAGGAGGAGGGUAAGAAGAAGAGGAAGGUGGAGAGGAUCAGGAGGGGGUUUGAAGAAGGGGUGGAGAAUGCUUUCAAGGAGUUUGCGAGGCGGCAGCUGGAAAUACAGGCUCGAUGGAUAGCGUCAGCGGAAGCGAGGGAGGCGGAGAGGAGGGCUAAAGAGGAGGAGUGGAGGAGAACAAUGGUGGCUUUGGAGGAGGAAAGGAAGGCAAUGGAGAGGACGUGGAGGGAGAAGGAGGAGGAACGGCGGGCGAGGGAGGAGGCCCGGGCGGAGAGGCGAGACGCUCUACUAACCGCCCUUCUUGCGAAGAUAGAAAAAGAAGGGUUGUAGUGACCUGUAAGGGUUGUAGCUCAUUGUUAAGAAAUAUAAGGCUAUGGCUUCCCUCUUGAUCGUGGUAUGAGACGUGGACGGAAAAAGAAACAAAAGGUCGUGCUUAUGGAAAAGAUCCAGGACUCAAAUUCUAGUGAUAGCAAAAGAUCAGAAAACAAUAUUGCUUGUAGACCUAAUGUGACCGGUACACGCCCUCCCCGCCCGCCCCAAAACAACUUCUCAGCACUGCAAUUUUGGACAUGAGUAUAUAUUAUAAAUGAAUGUAAGUAAUCGUCAAUUUUUUUAUUCAUUAUUUUUCUCCUGUUUGCUGUUCUAUAUACCUACGAUAUUAUAACUUUUUAAAAUCUUCUUUCCUCUCUCUUGCUUUUUUUUUUUCCUUCUAAUCUUCAAUAAAGGCCUGGUGGCUACUUCUGUCUCCCUUUCGUUCAAAUAUAUAUAUAUAUAUAUUUUUUCAUUAUGUACACCUGAUUGAGAGGAUCUAAUAAUUUCAAAUUUGUUGAGAGUGAUCAGGAAAAUGCAUGUGCUGCUCGCGUUGGAAACAUGUGCAGCUACCACUGGCCAUUUACAUAAUUGUUCAUGUGAAUGUAUUGAAAAUAUACAGCAGAUGGUGCCGUUCAUCAGUUUGCAUCCAAGAGGAGAGAUUUUGAGACAAUGGAAAUCUUAAUAUUGUGGGAAAAAUUGGUUUUAUUCAUUAGGUUCUGCAAAGUGCUGAGUAAAAAAAAAUUCCUAUGAGAAAGUACCAAAGAGUAAAGCUUGAGAUUUUUUUCCCUUGA